UAAAUAGUAAUAAUAAUAAUAAUUAUUAUGAAUAUAGUAUUAGUAAUAAUAUACUAUUAGGAUAUAUUGCAUCAGCAAAUGAAUUAUCAUUAGUAUUAGAAAAUAAUAAUAACGAUAAUAGUAUUAAUAGUAGUAGUAGUAGUAGUAAUAGUGAUUUUUCAAUAAACUCAAAUAAACAAAAUGCAACAUUAAUACCAAUGAUAACAGUAACUGCAACAACAGCAACAGCGACAGCAACAAUAACAUCAAUAAAUACAAUAAUGAAUUUAUCAUCAUUAUCAGUAUCAUCAUCAGGAUCAUCAAUACAAUCAUCAUCUUCAAUAUUAUCAACAAUUUUUAUAGAUAGUUUAAGUACUUCAUUAGCUACUUCUGCAGUAUCAUCAUCAUCUUCAUCGGUAUCAUUAUCAUCAUCAGAAAUAAAUAAUGAAAAAAAUCAAUUUUUAUCUGCAUCAGAUGAAGAUAAUAUAGAAAUUGGAAUACCAUUACCACCACAAGCUUUAACAUCAUCAUUAUCAUCGGCAGCAGGAUUAUCUUCAUCAUCAUCAGUAUCAUCAUCAGCUGCAAUUGGAAUUGAAUUACCGGCAUCUACAAGUAUAAAUGGAAAAUUACCUAAUUCUGAUUCUUUAUUACAAACACAAAUGACUAUUAGAGGUAAAUUUCCAUUUUAAAGAAAUUUCUAGUAUUAUUUAAAAUAUUAUAAGCUAUAUGGGUAAGUCAUUAGUAAGUUAUUAGUUUAAUGAUUAGUUUUGAUGGAAAAGCGGAAAAAAACCAAUUAUAAAUAAAUUAGCGAUGAUAUUUUUUAAGACAAAAUCUAGAAUUUUUCGAACAAUAUAGCAAAAUGAAAAUUGAGCCAAAUAAUGCAAGCUUACAAUAUUGAAUAUAAUUCGUAAACUUUAUUUUAAUUGGGCUAUGUUUAGAUUAUUUGGAUUGACUUAUGUAUAAAGUCCGAAUCGACCGCAACCAAUAAUCAAUAUAGAAAUAUUUUAAAUUGAAAUAAGUUUCAUCUCUUAUUGAAUAAAAAUUUAUAAAUUUACGUAUAAUUGAA